UCAGACCCUUCCAGAGACCUCAAAAUCCUACUGGAGAGAGCUUUAACCCCUCCGCGACUCCACCGAUCCAAACUUCAUCUUUUACCGCGCGAUAUGGCCGAGACUGACACUGCCGCCGCCGCCACAACGACGCCACCAGUCGACACUUCUUCCUCCACCGACUCUGUCACCAGUGCACCUCCGCUGCCGGCGAAGCCCGUGAUUAAAUGCUGGGCCGACGAAGAGGAUGAUCCGCCGGAGGAGCCGGAGAAAACCGAAGCUCCUCCGUCUACUUCAGACCAGCCGGAGCUCGAAGUCGCCGCAUUGAAGAUCACUGAGAACAAGUUCCUCGACGAUCCUGAAGACUCUCAUAUCAGCGCUGUUACGGCCGGCGACACGCCGUACACGUCGGCGAGUACUUUCGAGGACCUGAAUCUACCGGAGGCGGUGCUCAAGGGUUUGUAUGUAGAGAUGGGCUUCAAGAAGCCCAGUAAAAUCCAGGCGAUCACUUUGCCUAUGAUUUUGACUCCUCCGUACAAAGAUCUGGUUGCUCAGGCCCAUAAUGGUUCCGGGAAGACGACCUGUUUCGUGCUUGGUAUGCUCGGCCGUGUUGAUCCCAAUGUGAAAGCUCCUCAGGCUCUCUGCAUUUGUCCCACCAGAGAGUUGGCUAUUCAGAAUAUGGAGGUUCUUCAGAAAAUGGGGAAAUACACUGGGGUUACUUCGGAGUGUGCCGUCCCUUCAGAUAGGGAGAGGAAUGCACCUUCGCCUAACUUCCGGGCCCCAGUUACGGCACAAAUUGUGAUUGGAACUCCUGGUACUAUCAAGAGAUGGAUGUCGACGAAAAAGCUGGGUGUAAGCCGCGUGAAGGUCCUUGUUUUCGAUGAGGCUGAUCACAUGCUGGCUGAGGAUGGCUUCCAAGAUGAUUCCUUAAGGAUAAAGAGGGACACAGAAAAAGUUAGCCCUAACUGCCAGGUUCUUCUGUUUUCAGCUACAUUUAAUGAAAGAGUCACAAAUUUUGUCUCAAGGGUUGUGAAACGUGGUAACAAUCAACUUUUUGUCAAGAAAGAAGAGCUAUCUUUGGAGGGUGUUAAGCAGUACAAGGUGUACUGUCCUGAUGAACUGAGCAAGAUUGAGGUUAUCAAGACCAAAAUUUUUGACCUGGGAGAAAAAUUAGGACAGAGGAUUAUAUUUGUUCGGACAAAAAAUAGCGCAAGAAUGUUGUAUCAACAACUUUCUGAUGAUGGUUAUGCUGUUACUGCUAUUCAAGGUGCCCUCAACACCGAGGAUAGAGACAAAAUAAUCAAAGAGUUUAAAGAUGGUUUAACCCAAGUUCUCAUAUCAACUGAUGUACUUGCCAGAGGCUUCGACCAACAGCAGGUUAACUGUGUUGUCAAUUAUGAUCUUCCGGUCAAAUAUUCACCUGGUCCCCGGUCACAACCUGUAGAACCUGAUUAUGAGGUGUACCUGCAUAGAAUUGGCAGGGCAGGGCGUUUUGGUCGCAAGGGAGCUGUGUUUAACUUGAUUUGCGAUGAUAAUGACGAGUUGGUCAUGUCAAAAAUUGAGCAGUAUUUUGACAUCAAAGUACCAGAGGUUAAAAAUACUGAUGAGGCUUUUGAAGGGGCUCUUAAAACAGCUGGCUUACUGUAAGUCAGUAAUGACCUAUACAGUUUUCAGUGCAACCAGUUUUUGGGCUAAUAGAAUAGUUGGCGACAACGCAGCAGAGAGCAUUUCUCGUAUCUUCCAAAGAUUUUGUUUUGUAAUUCUCAUUUGAUUAUAUUUAUAGAUCUAUGGGGAUUUGAUGGGUUUGUUGUCUAGUUCUGUAAAUGUUACCCUUGCAUAACAAAACAGGGCGAAGAUCUUUAAAUUAUCCAUUAUUGUGCCAUAUGGGUUAUGACUCUA